GUGGAGAUGGUUGGUGGGAAAGUCCUGGAGGAGACCUACAUGAGGUGGAUCCACUACAAAGACGAGUGUGUGAAGAUGAUUGACAAUGAGCCAUUUCCUCAAGGUAAGAACACAACUCGACUCAAAUAGAUUUGGCAUUUAGAAGAGGUUCCUUGGUAAACUUCCCACAGUCUCUCACACAACUGGGAGUAGAGUGCCAUAAGUAUGGCAAGCAAGACUAAUUAAGGAUAAAAUAGGAUGGGUUCCAUUGGCAUAUUUUUGUACUUUUAUAUUAUGAAGUGGCCCAUAGGGCAUCUGGUGGAACAGUGGUUCACAACCUUCUUUGAUUACUGUACCACCGAUUGAAUUUUGCUCUGCCCAGAAUACCCCUGAAGUACCCCCUCACGUGCAUUUUACCAGUAAACCUAUGGUCUCACGAGUCUUCUCAAGUACCCCCUAUGGAUAGGCCAAGUACCCCCAGGGGUCCUAGUACCCCUGGUUGGGAACCACUGUGGUAGAAUAUGUAAUUUAUUUAUACAGGAAACAUAGACAUAUAAGUUUGCAUUGAAGUGCAGCUAAUUGUAGUUGCCUUUCCUUGGUCAAAUGGAAUUGCCUCGUAAAACAUUCUAAACACUGCACACAACAUUGUGGUCAGUCUGGUUGACCAGGCUGCAAAUGGAACGCUCAUGGUCAUGUUCUUUGUCUGUCUCCCAGGCUUGUUCUGUAACAGGACGUUUGACCGCUACGCCUGCUGGCCUGAUGGUCCUCCUGGGUUGGUGGUCAACGUAUCCUGUCCCUCCUACCUGCCCUGGUUCGACAAGGGUGACUGACCUUUGACUUUCAUCUACCUUGUAUUGUCGAUGGUCAUCUAUUCAAUUGUGAUAUGAUGUCACAGAAUAACACCACAAAUACAGUGGGGAAAAAAAGUAUUUAGUCAGCCACCAAUUGUGCACGUUCUCCCACUUAAAAAGAUGAGAGAGGCCUGUAAUUUUCAUCAUAGGUACACGUCAACUAUGACAGACAAAUUGAGCAUUUUCUUUCCCAGAAAAUCACAUUGUAGGAUUUUUCAUGAAUUUAUUUGCAAAUUAUGGUGGAAAAUAAGUAUUUGGUCACCUACAAACAAGCAAGAUUUCUGGCUCUCACAGACCUGUAACUUCUUCUUUAAGAGGCUCCUCUGUCCUCCACUCGUUACCUGUAUUAAUGGCACCUGUUUGAACUUGUUAUCAGUAUAAAAGACACCUGUCCACAACCUCAAACAGUCACACUCCAAACUCCACUAUGGCCAAGACCAAAGAGCUGUCAAAGGACACCAGAAACAAAAUUGUAGACCUGCACCAGGCUGGGAAGACUGAAUCUGUAAUAGGUAAGCAGCUUCGUUUGAAGAAAUCAACUGUGGGAGCAAUUAUUAGGAAAUGGAAGACAUACAAGACCACUGAUAAUCUCCCUCGAUCUGGGGCUCCACGCAAGAUCUCACCCCGUGGGGUCAAAAUGAUCACAAGAACGGUGAGCAAAAAUCCCAGAACCACACGGGGGGACCUAGUGAAUGACCUGCAGAGAGCUGGGACCAAAGUAACAAAGCCUACCAUCAGUAACACACUACGCCGCCAGGGACUCAAAUCCUGCAGUGCCAGACGUGUCCCCCUGCUUAAGCCAGUACAUGUCCAGGCCCGUCUGAAGUUUGCUAGAGUGCAUUUGGAUGAUCCAGAAGAGGAUUGGGAGAAUGUCAUAUGGUCAGAUGAAACCAAAAUAUAACUUUUUGGUAAAAACUCAACUCGUCGUGUUUGGAGGACAAAGAAUGCUGAGUUGCAUCCAAAGAACACCAUACCUACUGUGAAGCAUGAGGGUGGAAACAUCAUGCUUUGGGGCUGUUUUUCUGCAAAGAGAAAAGGACGACUGAUCCGUGUAAAGGAAAGAAUGAAUGGGGCCAUGUAUUGUGAGAUUUUGAGUGAAAACCUCCUUCCAUCAGCAAGGGCAUUGAAGAUGAAACGUGGCUGGGUCUUUCAGCAUGACAAUGAUCCCAAACACACCGCCCGGGCAACGAAGGAGUGGCUUCGUAAGAAGCAUUUCAAGGUCCUGGAGUGGCCUAGCCAGUCUCCAGAUCUCAACCCCAUAGAAAAUCUUUGGAGGGAGUUGAAAGUCCGUGUUGCCCAGCGACAGCCCCAAAACAUCACUGCUCUAGAGGAGAUCUGCAUGGAGGAAUGGGCCAAAAUACCAGCAACAGUGUGUGAAAACCUUGUGAAGACUUACAGAAAACGUUUGACCUGUGUCAUUGCCAACAAAGGGUAUAUAACAAAGUAUUGAGAAACUUUUGUUAUUGACCAAAUACUUAUUUUCCACCAUAAUUUGCAAAUAAAUUCAUUACAAAUCCUACAAUGUGAUUUUCUGGGUUUUUUUCCCUCAAUUUGUCUGUCAUAGUUGACGUGUACCUAUGAUGAAAAUUACAGGCCUCUCUCAUCUUUUUAAGUGGGAGAACUUGCACAAUUGGUGGCUGACUAAAGACUUUUUUCCCCCACUGUAUAUUGACCUUUUCAUAAAACAUAUCAAAGUAGGAGUGCUGUUCAUAUAAUCGUAUUCAUUAUGAUCUAAAUGGCAAAACUGAUCCUAUUUUAGCACUCCUACGCUGAGACACAGGUCCAAUAAAUAUGCCCAUUCAGAACCAUUGUUUGCGUGUGUUGCUUUCAGAAUAGUGUGUGGGUGUGUGUGGGCAAAAGCUGUAUGAAUGUUUCUGUGGGAAAAUAUUUUUGUAUGUGCACUCUGAAUGUGUAUUUAUGUGUGUGUGUGCCUGCGUGCAUAUGUGCGCACACACUGGACAUGUCCGCGGGAUGUCCAGUGUCUCAGGGUGUGGUGCGUCGGCAGUGUGGCUCUGAUGGCCACUGGGUGGAGGAGGAGGACGGGGAAGUCUGGAGGGACAUGUCUCAGUGUGAAGAGGAACAGGAAGUCACAUCUCAGGAGGUACCUGACAAAAACACUACGGAACAGAAGGCUGAUUUACCUGAAGAGCUCAGGGGCACAGUGCUCAUUAACACCUACAAGUAAAAAACAAUAGAUCACUAUCUAUUGUUUUUUACUUAUAGAUGUAAAUAAGCACUGUGCCCCUGGGCGCUUCAGGUAAAUCAUCCUUCUAUUCCGUCAUUUGGAGGGCUGUACUGCUGUCAAUUUAUGCAGUACCUUGACGCGAAGCCUUCAAUGUCUGCAAAUCUGAAGGGUCUGGAUAUUGUAGGUAUAAGCAGUGUAGUGAUGGAGUAUCCACCUUACAGAUCUGCAAACAUUAAUGGAUUAAGGCUAAGUGGAAUGGCUAGGAAGCAAUUUGGGAACGGCUGACGCUUUUAAAUGUUAGUUUCAAUGCUCAGUGUUUUUCAAGUUGUUUAUGUCUUUGUUGGUGACAACAUGUGUAUAUAAAGUACUACUUAACAUAAUCUCUUCCGACAUGAGUUUGCAUGAUAACGCGAUCUGCGUGUUUCCACAGCUGUGGUUCAAGCAGUUGAUGGUGAGCUUCAGGAUGCUUUACACUGUUGGCUACACCCUGUCCCUCUUCACCCUUGUCUCAGCAGUCAUCAUUCUACUGAGUAUCAGGUACACUUGUCCCUCUCUUCAUCACCACUCUUCAAAUAGAAACACUGGUCCAGUUCACUCAUCUUGACUCCAGUAAUCAAGCACUUCCAUCAAAGUCAUAUUUACCACAGAAAGCCCAAAAGGAGGCUUUGGAUGAGCAUUGUAAAAGCAACCAUAGAGAAGUAACAGCAUGGGAAGGGGCUGUGAGUGUGACUAAACAUAAGGACAUCUUGAGAAGAUUUCUUGGUAGUAUUCUUUGAUGAUAUUUUUUUUGGUAGUAAUACUUCUUGCCAAUCUGCCUCUAUUGUUCCCUGUCAGGAAGCUUCACUGCACCCGUAACUACAUCCACGCAAACCUGUUUGUGUCUUUCAUCCUGCGAGCCGUGUCGGUGAUCGUCAAGGACACCAUGCUGGAGCGUCACUGGGGCCGGGAGAUCAUGAGACAGGCCGACCUAGAAGAAAUGCUGAGCCACGAGGUGGGUUGUGGGUUGCAAGUCAUCCCAUGACAUCAUAAUAGUCCAAUCUAAAAUAGCACCCUAGGCCAUUAAACUUUAUAUUUACACCUCUGUGUUUCUUGCAGAUUUGGAGCUACUCGUAACAUUGUGUUGCCAGGGUAGAUUUUCCCCUGUGCCUAUGUAUUGUUGGAUAUCCGUUACAGUGUAUUUGCCAGAGAUGAUAGUUUCCACUGUGCCUGUUUCGUUGAUCGCUAUUUGAGUGCAUUUGUGUGUCUACGAAGGAAUAAACUCUGUAUUCGGUGAUUACCCUCCUGCGCCUGACUCCUUUCCAUCACACUCAUCACAGCCAUCUUUAUAUUUAUCUCAAGGCUGCCAUUGGCUGCAGGAUGGCCCAGGUGGUGAUGCAGUAUUGUGUACUAGCCAAUCACUACUGGUUCUUUGGAGAGGCCAUCUACCUGUAUUCGGUGCUCAUCGCCUCCGUAUUCAUUGAGAACAACAAGUGCUUGCCUUACAUCUGCCUCGGCUGGGGUGAGUAACGUAUCCUUUGUCUGCAUCCAAAAUACCACUUCUGCCUUUUUCAUCCACGUGUGUCUUCUUAAUGCUCAUUGUAUUUCUUUGUCAGGAACCCCUCUUUUAUUUGUCAUUCCUUGGAUGUUGGCCAAGCUAUUGAGAGAAAACAAAGAGUGAGUGUGUGUCCGUAUGUCACCUCAAUCAGUGCACACUGCAUGGCCUAUUGUUUGUAUUGAUUUAGCUGAGACAGGCCUAAACAGUGAAUGUCCCAAUCUGGUACCCUCAGGUGCUGGGCAGUCAAUGAAAAUAUGAGCUACUGGUGGAUAAUACGGUUCCCCAUUCUGUUUGCGUCACUGGUGAGGGCGGCUAUUGGCUCUGUUUUUGUUAUGUAAAUGUUUCACUGUGGGUGUGCGUGUGUAUGUGUGUGUGUGUGUGUGUGUGUGUGUGUGUGUGUGUGUGUGUGUGUGUGUGUGUAUUUGCAUGCGUGUCUGUGUGCAUUGUAUUGUUUAGUUUUGGUCUGCAUAUUUAUAGCCUACUUGUUAUACAUGGCUGUGUAUCUGUGUUUGUUUUUGAAAGAUUGUAUUUGCUACUGUCAACAGAUCAAUUUAUUGAUUUUCAUGAAGAUUUUGAAGGUUAUUCUGUCCAAACUACGUGCCAACAAUCAGAAUGGCUAUCCUGACUACAAGCUUCGGUAAGGAAGAAAGACAAGAGACAGAUAUAAUGAUAUUACAUACAGUACCAGUCAAAAGUUUGGACACAACUACUCAUUCCAGGGUUUUUCUUGAUUUUUACUAUUUUCUACAUUGUAGAAUAAUAGUGAAGACAUCAAAACCAUGAAAUAACACAUAUGGAAUCAUGUAGUAACCAAAUAAGUUGUGAUGGGUGAUUUGAAGGAGUCAGGCACAGGAGGGUAAAUCACAGAAUAACUGGAUUUAUUCCGGAAUACAGAGCGCACUGGAACCAACAAGGCACACGGGAAAAUAACCUGGCGAUACAAAAUACAAGGAGCUCCACCGAGCUUCACUCUCCUCACAAUAAACAAUCACACACAAAGACAAGGGGGCAGAGGGAACACUUAUACAGGUACUGAUGAGGGGAUAUGAACCAGGUGUGUGUAAUAAACAAGACAAAACAAAUGGAAUGAUGAGAUGAGGAGCGGCAGUGGCUAGAAGGCCGGUGACGACGAACGCCGAAGCCUGCCCGAACAAGGAGAGGAGGAAGCCUCGGAGGAAGUCGUGACAUAAGUGUUAAACAAAUCAAAAUAUAUUUUAUAUUUGAGAUUCAUCAAAUAGCCACCCUUUGCCUCGAUGAUAGCUUUUCACACUCUUGGCAUUCUCUCAACCAGCUUCACCUGUAAUGCUUUUCCAACAGUCUUGAAGGAGUUCCCACAUAUGCUGAGCACUUGUUGGCUGCUUUUCCUUCACUCUGCGGUCCGACUUAUCCCAAACCAUCUCAAUUGGGUUGAGGUCGGGGGAUUGUGGAGGCCAGGUCAUCUGAUGCAGCACUCCAUCACUCUCCUUCUUGGUAAAAUAGCCCUUACACAGCCAUUGUCCUGUUGAAAAAAAUGUAUAGUCCCACUAAGCCCAAACCAGAUGGGAUGUCGUAUCGCUGCAGAAUGCUGUGGUAGCCAUGCUGGUUAAGUGUCCCUUGAAUUCUACAUAAAUCACAGACAGUGUCACCAGCAAAGCACCCCCACACCAUAACACCUCCUCCUCCAUGCUUUACGGUGAGAAAUACACAUGCGGAGCAUUGUUACCUAUCGCUACACAAAAGCCACGGCCCUUCCAGAGCAAGGGAAACAACUACACAUGCAGAGAUCAUCCGUUCACCCACACCGUGUCUCACAAAGACACAGCGGUUGCAACCAAAAAUCUCCAAUUUGGACUCCAGACCAAAGGACAAAUUUCCACCGGUCUAAUGUCCAUUGCUCGUGUUUCUUGGCCCAAGCAAGUCUCUUCUUCUUAUUGGUGUCCUUUAGUAGUGGUUUCUUUGCAGCAAUUUGACCAUGAAGGCCUGAUUCACACAGUCCCCUCUGAACAGUUGAUGUUGAGAUGUGUCUGUUACUUGAACUGGGCUGCAAUUUCUGAGGCUGGUAACUCUAAUGAACUUAUCCUCUGCAGCAGCGGUAACUCUGGGUCUUCCAUUCCUGUGGCGGUCCUCAUGAGAGCCAGUUUCAUUGUAGCACUUCAUGGUUUUUGCGACUGCACUUGAAGAAACUUUCAAAGUUCUUGAAAUGUUCCGUAUUGACUGACCUUCAUGUCUUAAAGUAAUGAUGGACUGUCGUUUCUCUUUGCUUAUUUGAGCUGUUCUUGCCAUAAUAUGGACUUGGUCUUUUACCAAAUAGGGUUAUCUUCUGUAUACCUUGUCACAACACAACUGAUUGGCUCAAACGCAUUAAGAAGGAAAGAAAUUCCACAAAUUAACUUUUAAGAAGGCACAUCUGUUAAUUGAAAUGCAUUCCAGGUGACUACCUCAUGAAGCUGGUUGAGAGAAUGCCAAGAGUGUGCAAAGCUGUCAUCAAGGCAAAGGGUGGCUAUUUGAAGAAUCUGAAAUAUCAAAUAUAUUUUGAUUUGUUUAACACUUUUUUUGGUUACUACAUGAUUCCAUAUGUGUUAUUUCAUGAUGUCUUCACCAUUAUUCUACAAUGUAUAAAAUAGUAAAAAUAAAGAAAAACCCUUGAAUGAGUAGGUGUGUCCAAACUUUUGACUGGUAGUGUACAUGCCUCUUCCUUUACCGAUGUGGCAUCCAAUUUGAUAGAUAAAGGGACAGAUGAAAAGAAACAGGGCAAGACAUGCGGAAAAUGACUUGAGACAGUGAGACAAAUUGCCUCCCUGUGUCCUGUCUCCUGAUAGCUUGGCCAAGGCGACCCUGACCCUCAUCCCUCUAUUUGGCAUCCAUGAGGUCAUCUUCAUCUUCGCCACUGAUGAGCAGACCACUGGCAUCCUGCGCUACAUCAAGGUCUUCUUCACACUCUUCCUCAACUCAUUUCAGGUGAGGAACCUGAAAACCAGGUCACCCAGAUCAACCCAGUCAAUACAAACCAUAGCCUAGCAUAGCCUUGCAUUAUUACCUAGCAAAUGAAGCCUAUCAAUGUUCUGUUUAAACCCAAGUGUUGUGUCUCUAUAGGGAUUUCUGGUGGCUGUGCUGUACUGCUACUGUAACAAAGAGGUUUGUGAGAUUCUGUUGUGUUUUUUCUGUUAUGUUACAUGUUUUUCUAUUGUUUUCCAUCCAUCAAACUCAUCACAUGCUGCCCCCUGAGGUGUCCCAUCCUUUCCUAUAUAAGCUGUAAUGCACACACUUAAUGCCAACAGCACAUCCCUGAUUGAAGACUCAUUCGGCUACCUCAAUUAUCUGUGACAAUUGCUGUAAAUUGUCUGGGUUAUGGUGUGAUGUGAAAUCAGAUGGGUCACAAGUUGUCAGGAGCGACGUGUAUGCGGUGAGUGAAGUCAAGCGCAGGACACAGAGAUACUAGCAGACGUACUUUACUAAAUGUAAAGAACAAAACAAAACCUCCGAACCGGGAGGGAAAAACAACAUACACGAGAUAUGACAAAAGCGAUGCCGAUACCGCCUAGACACAAACAAUAACACACAAAUACCAAACGUGAGACAAGGUUAAUUAUAGGAUCUACAAUCAAACAUAAUAGACAACAGGUGUAACCACUCAAGACAAACACCGAUCGGCAGUAGCUAGUACUCCGGGGACGACGAACGCCGAAGCCUGCCCGAGCAAGGAGGAGGAGCAGCCUCGGCAGAAUCCGUGACACAAGUAUCUGACAGGUUCGCUAGUAUCUGAAAUAAAUGUUAAUGACAUUCUGAAUUACUUUAAGAAUGGGCAACUACUAUUAUUAGAUGAUUGCCUUUUGAAUGUCAGACUUGUUCAUUCUAAUGUGCGGUAGCUUCAGACCUGGUGUCACGAUCGUCAGGGAGAGAAGUAGACCAAUGCGCAGCGUGAUGAACGAACAUGUUACUUUAUUUAAUUAAAGCACGAAACAAAACAACAAACGACUCGUAACGUCCUUGGUAACAAUGACCAACACGGAACAAAAACCCACAAACACAAAGUGAAAAACAGACAGUUUAAAUAUGGCUCCCAAUCAGAGACAACCAGCCAACAGCUGAACUCGUUGCCUCUGAUUGGGAGUCACUCAGGCAAACAUAGAAAAUGAAGAACUAGAACCCCCAACAUAGAAAAUAAACACAUAGAAUGAACACACCCUGGCUCAACAAAUAGAGUCCCAGAGCCAGGGUGUGACAGUACCCCCCCCUAAAGGCGCGGACUGCGACCGCGCCUCAAUACGAGCAAAACAGGGGAGGGCUGGGUGGGCAUUCCUCCUCGGCGGCGGUUCUGGCUCCGGGCUUGCCCACCACCCUCCAACAAACCCCCCAUAGCGCCCCUGGUCUGGUCCCGCUGACUGGAGCUGGACUGGACGUAGCAGGAACGGUUAGCUUCAACUCCUUAGUGGAGCCGUUGACCGGUACCUGGUUAGGCACCGGUGACCCAGGCACGGGUUGUGCCGGACAGACGACGCGCACCCCUGGCUUGGUGCGUGAGGCAGGAAAGGACCGGACUUGGCUGACGAUGCGCACCCCUGGCUUGGUGCGUGGAGCAGCAACGGGCCGGACCGGACUGACGAUACGCACCCCUGGCUUGGUGCGUGGAGCCGGAACGGGCCUCACCGGACUUACGACUCGCACCCCUGGCUUGGUGCGUGGAGCAGCAACGGGCCGGACCGGGCUGACGAUGCGCACCCCUGGCUUGGUGCGUGGAGCCGGAACGGGCCUGACGACGCGCACCGUAGACUUGGUGCGAGUGGCAGGAACGGGCUGGACCAGGCUGACGACUCGCACCGUAGGCUUGGUGCGUGGAGCAGGGACAGGCCGGACUGGGCUGGCGACGCACACCGUAGGCUUGGUGCGUGGAGCAGGGACAGGCCGGGCUGGGCUGGCGACGCACACCGUAGGCUUGGUGCGAGUGGCAGGAACAGGCCGGACCGUACUGGGAACACACACCACUGGCCCUACGUGGGGAUCAGGAACAGGCCGGACCGGACUGGCAACACACGCCAGUACCUCUCGCCGUGCCUCUACAACCUCCUUCCCCCUGGUGACCAGUGACUCCCGUAACCUGGCGGCCUCCUGCUGCCCCGUCGUCCACGGCGUUAGCCCCCCCCUAAAAAAUGUAUGGGCUUCACUCCUACCCGUGGCCAAGGCCUCCAUCCCUCUUGCCAGACUCGCACUCAUCUCCUCCCAAGUCCAUCCUCUCUCCUCGUCACGCUGCUUGAUCCAGUUUUGGUGGGUUUUUCUGUCACGAUCGUCAGGGAGAGAAGUAGACCAAUGCGCAGCGUGAUGAACGAACAUGUUACUUUAUUUAAUUAAAGCACGAAACAAAACAACAAACGACUCGUAACGUCCUUGGUAACAAUGACCAACACGGAACAAAAACCCACAAACAUAAAGUGAAAAACAGACAGUUUAAAUAUGGCUCCCAAUCAGAGACAACCAGCCAACAGCUGAACUCGUUGCCUCUGAUUGGGAGUCACUCAGGCAAACAUAGAAAAUGAAGAACUAGAACCCCCAACAUAGAAAAUAAACACAUAGAAUGAACACACCCUGGCUCAACAAAUAGAGUCCCAGAGCCAGGGUGUGACACCUGGCCCCAGGAUAAAGUGGCUAAAGCGGCAGUUGAAAUCGGCGAGGGGGCUACAUUUUGGGGGAUUCUUGCAUUGGAAUGAUAUUGAAUUCUGCUUAUAUAAUCACGCUAUUCUACAAUAAACAUAAAGUUAAAAUGCUGACACUCCAAGAUCAUUGAGUGCUUUUGAAAUCUGAAAUCGCUGCUGCACUGUAUCAGCACAAUGGACAGCGCCCUACAGCUAGCCCGUUAUGGUAAUGAAUAUUGGCUACAAGAUAGAUAGGGCAAUUCACCUAUUACAAACAGCCUAUGUGAAUGCACCCAUACACACAGCUGUUUUACCAAAAUAAUGCAAACUAAAUGCUGAAAGUAGUAGCCUAGUUAUUCAUGCAUGCAAACAUAAAUACUGUGAAUGCGAAUGAAUGUGAACAGAACAAAACAGCGGUACCAAGUAGUAGGCCUUGUAAACAAAAUAUCAGAUCAAUAAAGGCAUGACACAAUCUAUAUUUAGGCUAAUUACAUGAACAGUAAACAAACACAGUAAACAAAAGGCGAAUGGAGAUCCAAAUAACCAAAACCAGCCAUGCACAGCUGUCUUGCCAAACAAAUAGGCCUAUACAGGCCCGCUUCAAACAUGGAACAUCAUACCACUCGCUCAUGAAUUCAGCAACAGGUUGUGAUAUGGCACAAUACACUUCUGUGAAUCAAAUUCGACCCACGUAGUCAAUUAAGCAAUGCCAGACUACCAUAAACAUGUUUCCAAUGCGUACAGUUCCAUUUACAGCAAUGAAAACCAAUUGGCUACUAAGAAAACCAUAGUCGAAUGUAGCCUAUCUAUUUCUAUGAUGAAACAUACCGAUAUGUAGCUAUACCCAGGGGCGUCAUUUGAUUCUUGCAUUAAAAUUAUAUUGAAUCCGGCUUAUAUCACGCUAUACCACUGACUAAGUGACAGGUUCAAUGGCACGACAUCUCGCUGCGCUCUAUCAACACGAUGGACAGCGCCCUACACACUAAAGGAAGAUUUUGAUCAAAACCAACCAGCUAGAUUGUUUCAAUCUUACCUUUUCAAAAGAGUUGCAGUUUCUUUGAUGCUCUGUGGAAUUUCCUGAGUAAUCGAUCAUUCCAUUCUCCCUGAAAUCUUCUUGUGAGAUCCCCCUCAAAUGCCAGUUGGAUUAGUUGAGUUUUCCUUGGGUGUAGCAUGUUUAUUCUGUGCUGACUGGACGCCCCAAAAGUCAGUCCAUGUUUCAGUGCAGUAAGCAUGGUCGGCAUAGCGGAGAGAGGCCCAGAGAAUCGUUGCAGGAUAUCAAGUGGGGUCCAUUUGUCCUCAUUGGAGCCAGAACGGGCGAUUUCAGUCUGCAAAAACUGGCGAGCGACACUAAACUCAGCUUCCACCAAAUCUGUUUUGCUUAGAUCCAGCAGUGGAUUCACCCUUUUCACAUUUAGAAAGUCAUGGCUCUCUGGGUCAAAGGCACACAGGGUCUCCACCAGUUGGCUGUUGCGUUCGCUGAAUUGUUCUGACAUUUCACCAAUGACAACAUCCAACAGUGUUUUACACUCAGUCUCUUCUCCUCUGUCCUGCUGGCCUACUGUACUGUCCAUUACGUAUGUCUGGAGGUUUGUACUUACAUACUGUAAUAUCGUUGUUUGCUUGGAGCCGGUGGUGGUGUGUCAGUGCCACUUGCACUGCACUGUGCCUAAAUGGCUUCGAACUCACUGUCGCUCCUCAGCUUCUCGACACACUCCAACACACUGCGGACCACUUUGACUCCAGUGUAAAUAUCUGUUGCUUUUGCCUGGAGUAAUUUGUUUGGAGGAUCGAGAAGACUGAGGAUUCUGUGCACCAUGAUGGCUGUAAACUUAAACCCGGGGUCUGUCACCGCCUUCAGCAACCUUGUAGCCUCGAGUCUUACUUCUGUGUUUUAGGAACGCAUGUGUUUUUUUCUGCUUUUUAUGGAAACCCAAAGGAGUCAUACCUUACCACCCAGUGACUUUCCAUAGCCCCCCUACACACACUGCGGCGUGCCCUGUCCAUUGUGCUGACACAGCGCAAUGGAGAUAGAUUAUUUUUGCACCAAUCUGUCACCCAAUCAUUGAAACUUUUUUGCUAUUUUUAUGUAGGGACAUAAAACUUAAACUGAGGGGGCUAAAGUUUGAACUGAGGGGGCUAAGCCCCCUUUCGCCCCCUCGUGGAUCCGGGUAGCUUCUUCCAUUCUCAUCUACAGUAUAGUUGCAGAUAUCCUCUUUUACCCUUCUCGAGUAGGAAAAAUUCAUCAAUCCAACAUCCUUUGAUUAUAAAUUGAUUUAGCAAAUAGACAGGCUGUCAUUUACUGAGGGGGUAUAAUUGUAUGAAGAAUAGUAGACAGUGCAUCAGUGACCAGCAAGGACAAACUCACACAUUUCAGGUGAAGGGAGGGAAGAAUGUUUUUCCUCUGUUGGUUGCAGGUGAAGACAGAGCUUGCGAAGAAACUGCAAAGCUGUAGGAUGGAGAUGGAGGUGGUGUGCUGUGGACAGUGACUAACCGAGACAAGAGUAGAACCAUACUCCAUCGCCACAGUUCCAGAGAACAAUGGAGCUUCUACACCAGCAACAGGAGUCCAGCCCGAUAG